GGGCCGGGGGCACCGGAAAAGCUGGCGCUGGAAUUAGAACUGGAGUGGCUGCCCCAGCGUCUGUUCCCGGGGCGGCGGGUGUCUGACCCCGAUCACGGGCGGCCCCGGCGGCGGGCCACCGGCUGUGAGGUUCUUCAGUUCAUUAAGCAUGUCCUCUGCCAGUCUGUGCCAAGCAUUGGGUACACGGAUGAAUUAUCUCACCCCCAUCUUUGAGGAGCUCACAGUGAGAUAGUUCUAAGUAAGACAGUUCUAAGUAGGCAACAGCAGGCUAAGGCUGGGAUUAGGGUGCAUGCUCAAGCUGUGGAGAACCAGUCCUUUAGCCCAACCUGGAGGUCCAACGGAAGCUUUCUGCUUUAGUAAAGAAGCAGCCUGAACUGAGUCUUGAAAGGUACCUCAUUUUUCUGAAAAGAAUUGACCAUGUCAGAAUGAGAGGAAGCUCUCUGUGCACACUGUCGUCUAUGGGACCUUUGAAGACAAUACAGUAGUAUUCCUUUUACCGGGAGCUCCUUUGGAUCAAGCUAUGGUGAAAAAUGUUCCGGAAGGGCAAAAAGCGACACAGUAGCAGCAGUUCCCAAAGUAGUGAAAUCAGUACGAAGAGCAAGUCUGUCGAUUCUAGCCUUGGGGGGCUGUCACGAUCCAGCACUGUGGCCAGCCUCGAUACAGAUUCGACCAAAAGCUCAGGACAAAGCAACAACAAUUCAGAUACCUGUGCAGAAUUUCGAAUAAAAUAUGUUGGUGCCAUUGAGAAACUGAAAUUCUCUGAAGGAGAAAGUCUCGAAGGGCCCCUAGACCUGAUAAAUUAUAUAGAUGUUGCCCAGCAAGAUGGGAAGUUGCCUUUCGUUCCUCUGGAGGAAGAAUUCAUUAUGGGAGUUUCCAAGUAUGGUAUAAAAGUAUCAACAUCAGAUCAGUAUGAUGUCUUACACCGGCAUGCUCUGUAUUUAAUCAUCCGCAUGGUGUGUUACGACGACGGUCUGGGCGCCGGAAAGAGCUUACUGGCCCUGAAGACCACCGACGCGAGCAACGAGGAGUACAGCCUCUGGGUCUAUCAGUGCAACAGCCUGGAACAGGCACAAGCCAUCUGCAAAGUUUUAUCCACCGCUUUUGACUCUGUAUUAACAUCUGAGAAAGCUUGAAUUCUGCAAUCUAGUGGAAGCUGACUUCGUGUGGAAGGGCGAUGGUUUUCAAUCUGCAGUGUUGAAUUACUCUGGAAAUAGAAAGUGAUGCCCUGCUCGAGAUUUUCUGGAGAAAUGCAGUGUAUAAAAUAGUGAUCAUUUGCUUUUUUAUUAAAAUGUGUCUUAUUACAGUGA